CCAGUAACAGUAACUUGUGACUUCACAGUCAGCCACAGAAUUCUGCCAUCAUGGUUCCCCUUGGAAACCUGCAAAGAUUCUGCAGCAGGCUCACUUGGCAGCGUUUUAGAUUAGCUGAAGCAUCUUCGAUAAAUUGGCUGUCUUCGGCUGUCAGUUUAUUAGCAGCUUAUCAGCUUAGUUGUCAAGAUGGGUGGCUGUUGGUCAUGUGUGGCCUGCAGGUCUCACCCAGAGGCAGAACCAAAGGAUGAAGAUGAAGAGGGGGCACUGACAGGUCAUCCCAGAAACCCAACCCAUGUUGCACCAUUUUCUGGGGGACUCCCCAAUGUUUUGGGGGACACUCUAGGGAAAGAGCUCAUUGAGGAAUCCUCCAUGCCAGAACCCCUUCCAGCACCUCACAUCACCAAUGACAUCCUGGGGGAAGCGCUCAUUGAGGAACCCUCCAUGCCAGAACCCCUUCAAGCACCUCGCAUCACCAACAACAUCCAGGGGGAAGAGCUCACUGAGGAACCAUCCGUGCCAGAACCCCUUCCAGCACCUCGCAUGACCAAUGACAUCCUGGGCGAAGUGCUCAUUGAGGAAACCUCUAUGCCAGGGCCCCUUCCAACACCUUGCAUCACCAAUGACCUACUGGGGAAAGUGCUCAUUGAGGAUACCUCAGUGCCACAUCCUUCCAUCCUCACAGACACUCCAAAGGAAGCAGCUUCUGUGUCGGAGUCCUUACUAGAGCCUUCCAUUGCUGAUAAUUAUCUUCAGCAAGAAGUAGAACUCCUCAAAGGGUUACAGCAUGACUAUGUCCAGCAGCAACUGAGGGUUCGCCGCAUUUUCCAACAGUUCCCUCGUUCUCUCCGGGCCAUCAUCCUGCAAAUUGGACACAUGUGGACAAGGCUCAUCCGCAGUGAAGUUCGGCUGCAGCGGUGGGAAAGGGAAGGUAUGUUCACAACAUGCCCCUGAAAUUGCUGCUGGGCUAAGAACGGCUCUUUUGUUUAUUUCAUGUUGAAAUGCUUGAUUUGAGUCUGCAUCUAAGGUUUCAGGGGGGAGGCCUGUGACUUGGUUGUCAGUGCUUGCUGAAGUGUUCCUUCGUUUUCUGUCUUUCAUGUGUCCAAGCUCCAGUGCCUGUAAUCCAAGCAGCUUCUCAGAGUGAGCAGUGAGGGCAAGUGAUGGUGGGUGUGGUAGGAUGUCAGCCUUUGCAGCUAACCUCCUGCUUCUUCUUCUCUCUUGCAGAUGUUCCUGCAGGCCCUGCUGCACUUCUCCAGCCCACUGGGUCUAAUUCAUCAUUGUCCUCUGCCUCCCUUGCGGUUGCCUCCAUCCCACCCUCCACCUCCACCUCUUCCCUCCUCCUGCAUCCCUCUCCACCUCCUCCUCCUUCCCCACCUCCUCUGGAGCCGGACCUCAGCAAUGUGAAAGAAACUCUGCAGAGUUUGGUAGAGAUGCCGGUCCAUCAGCUGUGUGACCGCCAAAGAGACCUCCGCAGCUGCCAGGAAUGCUUACAAAGCUUCAAGGCACUGAGGGGACAAUAGAGGCGGCUAAGGAGCAGACUGGCCAGGGUGGAAGCCACUAUGAGGAUCGUGGUUCCUCCAAGGGAGCUGGACGUUGCUGAGGAAGAAGGGGAAGGCAAAUUAAAAGAGACAACUGUGCUACUAUUUACAUAAGUAGAAAUAAAAUGCUGUGUAUAUAUUUUUAAAAAAUUAAAUAUUUGUUUUAAUAGGAUGUAGAGAUAGAACAGCAAUAAAACUAGCAUAUUUAUUGUUUAAAAAAUUAAAAUGUUUUAUUUUAAAGAAAA